GUGGGAGUUUAAACACCCCGAGUUCAAGGCCGACAACAAGGACUCGCUCGACAACAUCCGCAGAAAGGCGCCGGCGCCGCGCAAGCAGGCGCCCGCCAACGAAGACUCCAUCCCCACGCAGCAGCUCGACCUGCUCAACUCGCAGCUCCUCGCCCAGCAGCAGCAGCUCCAGCACCUCACCGAGCGCAUCUCCCAGACCAGCAUCGAGCACCAGAUGGUCCUCCAGGAAGUCCGCCGCGUCCAAAAGUCCGUCCUCGGCCACGACCAGGUCGUCCACUGCAUCCUCACCUACCUCCACUCCCUCGACGCCCGCCAGAAGAGAGACUCCCGCGCCGCCGCCGCUGCUGCCAGCCUCUCCUUCCAGUCCCAGACCACCGAUCUCAGCCCGUCGCAGGUCGCCGGCAUAGACGAGAACCCAGCAGCCUCCCCCUUGCAGCACGCCACUAAGCUGCUCAAUGAGAUGACCGCAGAGAACCAGUUCAACUUCUCCGCUCUCGAAGGGAUAGUAGCCGCCACCCCGCCCCUCGACCACCAGCAGCAGCAGCAACAACAACAGCAGCAGCAGCAGCAGGCCGCCGCCGCUGCAGCCGCAGUCCAGCAGCAACGAGCUAAUGCUGCCGCUGCUGCUGCUGCGGCCGUCAACGGGGUCAACGGGGUCAACGGGUUCAACGGGGUCAACGUCGUCGGUGGUGUCGUCGGGAUGACACCGCCCACCUCUGCCGCCGCCGCAGCCCAGCAGCAGGCCGCGUCGCUCUCGUCUUACCCCAAGAUGAACGGCGAGCUCGAGCAGGUGGUCUACCCGGUCGGCGCAACCAACGGCAUAGACCCCAUGUACAGCGAGCAUGUCAACAACAUCCCUUACCCGCUACCCACCAACCCUUCUGCAAAUAAGGACAUGGACGUCCCGGACGUACGGCGGCAGUACCCAGUCAGCAACGACGGCCGGAAAAAGAGCAUCUACCCGGACCCAGGCUGGGCGCGGAGUCCGCAUAUCCUGCUCGUCGAAGAUGACCAGACCUGUCGCCAGAUCGGAGGGAAAUUCCUCUACUCUUUCUCCUGCGUCGUAGACACCGCAGUACAUCCCUCUUACUCUUUAUUUGUUUGUUGUUCUGCUAACGUUUUCCAGCUCGACGGGCUUGAGGCGGUGAACAAGAUACAGGGCGGGUCCAAGUACGAUCUCAUAUUAAUGGACAUCAUCAUGCCAAACCUCGACGGCGUCUCGGCCUGCAGUCUCAUCCGCCGCUUCGACUCCACCCCCAUCAUAGCAAUGACCUCCAACAUCCGAUCCAGCGACAUAGACCUCUACUUCCACCACGGAAUGAACGACGUCCUACCGAAACCAUUCACCCGCCAGUCCCUCCUCAACAUGCUAGAAAAACACCUCGUCUCCCUUAAAAACGUCAACCCCAUGGACGCCUCGCAACAGCAGCAACAACAACCACAACCACAACAACAGCAGCAGCAGCAACAACCCACCACAUCAUCAAACGCACCUCCCACCCCGCAACCACCACCGGGCCAACCUACAUCCACAAACUCCAACCCAGGUCCAGGCCCCAGUCCUCUCUCCAACUCCAUCUCCGUCCCCGUCAACGUGCCCGUCAACGUGCCCGUAUCAGGCCUUCCGCCUUCCUCCCAGCAGCCCGUAAAAGACGAGUCAUCACCAAACCAAUCUCCUUCCACCAUGGGCCAGCAGACAUGGCAGAACUCCCCCCUCACCCCCGCACCAGGCCAAUCCUUCGACACCAAUGGUCUCCAAUACCAACAACAGCAGCAACAACAACAACAACCCCAGUCCCAAACGCAGAACCAACAACCUCCCUCCCAGGCCCCAAACCAGUCCCAGCACAACCACAUCAAGCACCGCCGUCAAGCCUCAGACAUGGCUGGCAUAGACCUCAAUGUCAAUGCAUACAACAAGCGCCAACGCAUCUUCCCUGGUUCUGGGCCUGGUCCUGGCCCCGGUGCUCAAGUGGUAAAUCCCAUGCAAACCAGCAGAAUGGCUUAAUUUUUUUUUUUUUUUUUCGUUCUUUCUCUCAUUUUCUUUCUCUGCUUUCAUCUCUUACCCACGAAAAAAAGAAAACAAAAAGCGCCGCCCUUUCGCUAUCAUUUGCUUGCUUGCUUCCGUUCGGUCGGACUCGGUUCGGUUCGGUUUGGUUAUCUGCUUGCUUUACUCUACUUUUUUUUUUUUUUUUGCCACCCUAUCACAUCAUUAUCAUUAUCAUAUAUACGGUGUUGGGAACUUUUUUACUCAUUUUCUGCUUUCAUUUUUUUCUUUCCAUCUGGCGUGGGCGGGCGGAUUGCGUCGUCGUUCAGCGGCACCGGCAGCACAUCAGCACUCACUCAUCUCAUGGGCUAGGCUAUGGUUUGCUUUCCAAUACUUCUACCUUGUUUCAUGCAUAAUAUCUAUACCUUUAUCUAUACCUUACCUUACCUUACCUUGGACCUUAAAGUCGCGUCCGCAUGUCAAUGCUGCAACUUGUCUCCUUGCAUCCCGUCUCUAUCCCGUCUCGCCUCCACCGGACCAGGCGAUAUGCGAAUCAAUCAUUACAACCUCAAAUAGCGCGACGCAACACAACACGGCACAGAUGAGACGAGUACAACCAUACAAAAAACACCUACUUGGUGCCAUUUCGAGUAUAUUCUUGUUUCGAUUGUUUCUCCCGCAUUUUUUUUUUUU